CAAAUAAAUAAAGAUAAUUCCAAAUUCAGGCAGAAUAAACACUUUUCCACUAAUUAUGAGCCUACCUGUAAAACUUACAGGGAUGCACUUUUUGCAUUAAAAAAGUUCUGUUUUUAUAAUAAAAAUAUAAAAUAAAGUAGAAGAAGUUACACGGUAUUCUUGGCCCAGUUAUUCUUCUCUUCACAGAUAUUUUAUGUCCCCAACCACAAUUCAAGAAUAAAUUAGGACAAAAAUACAACUUUUAAUCUAUUUACAAGAAUGUUAGAUGCAACACAAAGUGAUAUUUUUUUCCCAAGGUUUCCAUCUGUUGUCAUGGUAACUAUGACCACAUUUACUCAUGUACAUAUAUUAAGAGUUAGACCUUAGUUCAUCAAAAUCUACUUUUAACUGCUUUAUUAAAACUUGACUGAAUACAGGAAGAGUUUUCAAACGAAGGUUGACCCAGCAGACAAAUUUGAGUUUUCUUUAAUCUAAAACAGGGGUGCCCAAAGUUGGUCCUCGAGGGGCGGCAUCCUGCACGUUUUAGUUCUCUCCCUGGUAACCAACAACCUUUUCAGCAUGUCAAUGUUCUUCUUAGGCCUACUAACGAGCCAUUAUUUGAUCCAGGUACGUUAAACCAGGGAGAGAACUAAAACAUGCAGGAUGCCGGCCCUCCAGGACCGACUUUGGGUACCCCUGAUCUAAAAUAAUAAACAUCUGGACGCCUCUCAUUUAGCAAGGACAAACAUUUGAAUCUGCAAUCCUGUUCCUACAAAAAGAAUCUGAUUAUUUGUUUAAUUAAAAUAGUUCAUGCUUAGUUUAUUGUUAUGUAGGUAAAAAAUAUUUCAACAUAUUUAGUGAUUUUAGUUUUUUUUAAAUGAUAUUUGUUGACCUGCGAGAAUGUUUGAGCUGAUGACAUUACAAAAAGUCUGGACUCGCCUGACGUUCAGAAUAAAACACCUGCAGAUGAAACACCUGUCCCUCUGCAGGUGUUUUAAGCUUUUGUCCCGCCCAGGCCCGCUGUCCGCGCCUUGAUGCAUGAUGGGAUACCGGCGGGGUCUGGUUGCGGACGCGGCCGGCUUGCAGCUCAGGUUUCGUCCCUCCGGUCUGGCAGGACCACAUCACUGCGGAGCUGUGAGCUCACCUGUGGCUGCGCUAUAAAAAGUCCUCAGCAUGCCGGCGUCCAACCAGGGCUGGCCCGAGGACUUCGGCUUCCAGCUGGGCGGAAGCGGACCCAGCUACAUCCUGUGGGUGGAGGAGGGCAGCAGCGCCCACCUGGCCGGGCUGCAGGCGGGGGACCAGGUCCUGGAGAUCGAGGGCCACAACGUGUCCACUUUGGCCCCGCAGGCCGUCAUCGCCAUCGCACAGACGCAGAAGAACAUCCCGCCCAGCAUCGGCGUGGUGUCCCGCAUCCAGCAGAUGGACAUCGUUCCGGGUCCGGACAGUCGUUUUGGCUUCACCAUCGUGGGAGACUGCCCCCUGCUGGUGGAGGACUGUUCACCGUGCUCCCCCGCUGGCCGGGCCGGGCUGCGGGCCGGAGACUUCGUCAUGGAGGUGAACGGGAUCCCCGUCAGGCACCACGAGAUGGCCGCCGCGCUCAUCAAGGCGUCGCAGGGCCGGACGCUGCGCCUGGGCGUGCUGAGCCUGGGGCCCCGGCACAAACGCAGCACCAGCCUGGAGGACGGCCCGGCGGGCGGCGAGUGGGCCCGGCUGGACCGCAAGCACAAGGCUCUGGAGUUCAACAUGAAGGUGGAGCAGCUGCUGGGCGAGGCCCCGGAGGUGAAGGAGAAGCUGUUCUCCGUGCUGAAGCAGUACGCGGCAGAGAAGAAGGUGGAGUGGCUGGCCUCGGUGCUGCCGGAGGUCCUGACCACCGCAGAGCAGCGGCAGCUCAUCUCCAGCAUCAGGUAGAGGUCGGAGCGGCUCCCCGCCUCCAUCGGGACGGGCGGAGUAGAAAACACAUGUCAGUGGUUCCCAGUGUUCCCAGUCAGCCAGCCUGUCAGAUCUGGAAGAAUCAACAUUAAGGUCUGUUUGAGCCUUCCUCCUGGUUAACACCUGAAACAUUGAGGUGAAUUUUCAGUUUGUUUAAACGAUGAUCAGGAGCUUUAAAGGAACAAAGCGAUCUAAGCUGAGAAACUCUGUGCUGGGAACAGAGCAGUGAGUGGGCCACUGCUGCCUGCUGCAGAACAUUUAUUUAUAUCCCAGCGGUCUGCUGCCUGCAGCCAGCAGGGGGCGCUGGCAGCACCAGGCUUUCAUCCUGAUUGGUUCCAGAAAAACACCAAACAUGCAUCUGUGAAACAGAUGACGGCUCCUCUAAAGGGAGAGAAACUGCUGACAGCCCCCAGAGUCACAGCCAUUUAAAGGUACAGCGCGUAUUUAUUCAUUACAGCUUCUGUCUGAAAUAUUGGCAGAAAAUACUGAGUCCUUCUAGAGCAGGGGUGGGCACUCCUGGUCCUCGAGGGCCGGUGUCCUG